CUUAACACCUGUUCGCCAUUAUUUAAAAGAAGAGCUCCGUCUUUGUUCCAGAAAUUAAUCGACAAAUAUGAAUCAUCUAGUGGAUCUGCUGUGUUUGUGUCUUCUGUGUUUGACCGGGAAAACACUUUGUGAUGAAAACGUCAUCAACGUGGGAAGAGGGGCCGAUGUUGUGUUACCCUGCUCUCUCAGCACCAAGGAGGACAUCGAGUUUAAAGUGUUUGUCUGGAGGAAAGCUCCUCAGAUAGAUGAAGGUCAGAAGGAAGUGUUCCUGUAUGACAAAGGCAUCGAUAACAGAGGUCAGAGUGAAGAGUUCAAAGGUCGAGUCUCUCAUUUCCAAGAUAAACUGAAACACGGCGACGCCUCCAUAACCAUCAGAAAUACAACGCUAUCUGACAGUGGAGUCUACAGCUGUUAUUUUCCUCGUCUUCAGCCACGUCAAACUUUCUACAUUAAGCUUGUUGUUGAGCCAAAAGUCAGAGUGACCGUGGAACAAGGCCGUGAUGUUGUGUUACCCUGCUCUCUCAGGACCAAGGACAACAUUGAGUUUAAACUCUUUGACUGGAGGAAAGCUCCUCAGAAAGAUGAAGGUCUGAAGGAGGUGUUCCAGUAUAACAACGGCAUUCAUUACAACAACGGUGGAGGUGGUCAGAGUGAAGAGUUCAAAGGUCGAGUCUCUCAUUUUCAAGAUGAACUGAAACACGGCAACGCCUCCAUAACCAUCAGAAAUACAAAGAUGGCCGACAGUGGAGACUACAGCUGUGAUUUUCCUCGUCUUCAAACACCUCAAAUAUUCUACAUUCAGCUUGAUGUUGAGCCGUCAAAGGUCAUCACAGUGGAAGAAGACAGUGAUGUUGUGUUACCCUGCUCUCUCAGGACCAAGGAGGACGUUACGUCUGAACUCUUUGACUGGAGGAAAGCUCCUCAGACAGAUGAAGGUCUGAAGGAGGUGUUCCUUUAUAACAAAGGCAUUCAUUACAACAACGGUCUAGUUGGUCAGAGUGAAGAGUUCAAAGGUCGAGUCUCUCAUUUUCAAGAUGAACUGAAACACGGCAACGCCUCCAUAAUCAUCAGAAAUACAAAGAUAUCUGACAGUGGAGUCUACAACUGUCAUUUUCCUUAUCUUCAAACACCUCAAACAUUCUACAUUAAGCUUGAUGUUGUUGGGCCAGAAGUCAUCACAGUGAAAGAAGGGGCUGAUGUUGUGUUACCCUGCUCUCUCAGCACCAAGGAGGACAUUGAGUUGAAAGUGUUUGUCUGGAGGAAAGCUCCUCAGAAAGAUGAAGGUCAGAAGGAAGUGUUCCUGUAUGACAAAGGCAUCAAUAACAGAGGUCAGAGUGACGAGUUCAAAGGUCGAGUCUCUCAUUUCCCAGAUGAACUUAAACACGGCGACGCCUCCAUAACCAUCAGAAAUACAAAGAUAUCUGACAGUGGAGAAUACAGCUGUUAUUUUCCUCGUCUUCAGCCUCGUCAAACUUUCUACAUUAAGCUUGUUGUUGAGCCGUCAAAGGUCAUCAAAGUAGAAGAAGACAGUGAUGUUGUGUUACCCUGCUCUCUCAGCACCAAGGAGGACGUUACGUCUAAACUCUUUGACUGGAAGAAAGAUGGAGGUCUGAAGGAGGUGUUCCUGUAUGACGCAGGCAAACAUUACAACAACGGUCUAGUUGGUCAGAGUGAAGAGUUCAAAGGUCGAGUCUCUCAUUUCCAAGAUGAACUGAAACACGGCGACGCCUCCAUAACCAUUAGAAAUACAAAGGUAUCUGACAGUGGAGUCUACAGCUGUGAUUUUCCAAAUCUUCAAACACCUCAAACAUUCUACAUUAAGCUUGUUGUUGGUGCGGCGCCAAAACCAUUUGUCACUAUACUUGAGGAAACAAAGGACCGGUCUCUGCUGCAGUGUGAGGUUCACGGUGAUCCAGAACCUGAAGUAGAGUGGCGGGACAGUGCUGGAAACACACUUCCUGCUGAGAAGACCCAGGUGGAACCAAUAGGAAACCUUUUCUACAUCACUCUCAGAACUACUGUGAUCCAGACCGACCGCUAUCGCUGUGUGGCAACACAGGAGACAAUCAGCCAUCAGGUUUCUAAUGAGAUCUUUGUGUCUAUCAGAGGGCCAAAAGUCAUCACAGUGGAUGAAGGCCGUGAUGUUGUGUUACCCUGCUCUCUCAGCACCAAGGAGAACAUUGAGUUUAAACUCUUUGACUGGAGGAAAGCUCCUCAGAAAGAUGGAGGUCUGAAGGAGGUGUUCUUUUAUAACAACGGCUUUCAUUACAACAACGGUGGAGGUGGUCAGAGUGAAGAGUUCAAAGGUCGAGUCUCUCAUUUUCAAGAUGAACUUAAACACGGCAACGCCUCCAUAACCAUCAGAAAUACAAAGAUAUCUGACAGUGGAGACUACAGCUGUGAUUUUCCUCGUCUCCAAACACCUCAAACAUUCAACAUUGAGCUUGUUGUUGAGCCGUCAAAGGUCAUCAAAGUGGAAGAAGACAGUGAUGUUGUGUUACCCUGCUCUCUCAGGACUAAGGAGGACGUUACGUCUAAACUCUUUGACUGGAAGAAAGAUGGAGGUCUGAAGAAGGUGUUCCUGUAUGACGCAGGCAAACAUUACAACAACGGUCUAGUUGGUCAGAGUGAAGAGUUCAAAGGUCGAGUCUCUCAUUUUCAAGAUGAACUGAAACACAGCAACGCCUCCAUAAUCAUCAGAAAUACAAAGGUAUCUGACAGUGGAGACUACAGCUGUUAUUUUCCAAAUCUUCAAACACCUCAAACAUUCUACAUUAAGCUUGUUGUUGGUGCGGCGCCAAAACCGUAUGUCACUAUACUUAAUCAAACAAAGGACCGGUCUCUGCUGCAGUGUGAGGUUCACGGUGAUCCAGAACCUGAAGUAGAGUGGCGCGACAGUGCUGGAAACACACUUCCUGCUGAGAAGACCCAGGUCGAACCAAUAGGAAACCUUUUCUACAUCACUCUCAGAGCUACUGUGAUCCAGACCGACCGCUAUCGCUGUGUGGCAACACAGGAGACCAUCAGCCAUCAGGUUUCUAAUGAGAUCCCUGUGCAUUUCAGUGGGCCAGCAGUCGUCGUAGUGGAAGAAGGGAGAGAUGUUGUGUUGCCCUGCUCCCUCAGCCCCGAGGAGGACACUGAGUCCGAGCUGUUUGACUGGAGGUCAGAUGAUCAGAACGAUGUCUUCCUGUAUGAUAACGGUCGUCAAGCUUUGGUUUGCUGUUGCUAUGACUCUGGUUUUGAGCUUCUGGGACCCCCGGGUGCUGAUAAUCCGGGGCCUGAUUCUGCAAUCAGUGGCAAUGCCUUAUCUCUGGGACCAGACUUUACCUUCCAAGAUGACAACGCUCAUCCCCACAGAGUGUUUAUCAGAGACUACCUCCAGAAUUUGGGAGUGGAGAGGGUGGAAUGGCCUGCCAGCAGACCUGACCUCAGCCCCGUUGAACACUGGUAG